AUGUGGACUUUUACGGAACAGUCGAUGUUUCAAAUGCGUCGAUACAGUUCCGAGUAUCGUCCUUCAAUGGGAGCGGACUUUUGGGGAGAAUCUCUAGCUCCGAAUGGAUUUCUUUUGGAUCGUCUAGCGUUUGAUCACUCAUACACAAUUCGAUUAUGGCAUAUUGGAGCAGUGACAACUGCUUACACUUCUUAUGAAUUUCGAACGCCUCAGUGUCUCAAGCUGGUGAAGGAUCCAGCAUUAUGCGCACCACCUCCUGUGAGCGAUAUCUCGUGGAGUUGGAAUUCAACUGAAAAUGAGGGUAAUCGUAUCGUCUUAACGUGGAUUUAUGGAUCGCCUACCCAGAUGAUAGAGGAUGGAUCUCGUGUGGAACGUCGCGACUCUAUCCAACCAAUAGUGACCGCAUUUCCAAGAAUGGUUCAUUUUGAUAUUGCUGUAAAUCCACUUGUAACAGCAUCACAAUAUCAAUGCCAAUUUCUGGAUGGACAAAGACGUGUUGUAACUUGGGUAAGUUGUGACCCUAUAUUCAGCAAAAUGAAAUGGUUGGCAAUAUGGGAAAUUUCUGUUUAA